CCGACAAUCCCAAUCUCAAAGUCUGAUUGUGAAACUUGGACAUUGGCUACUCCCUACACACGAAAAGGAAACGGCAAGCCAAAGUUUUCAACCCAUCUUGUCAUGGUUUAAUGUCGGAGCAUGGAUUCCUCAGUAGCAACGCUAAUAGUAGAUGUGACGAAAAGCGCUCUGUUUGUCAGGUCUUUAGCUAUCGUCUACAAAUAUCUGGUUCUCCCCAUAGCAAAAAUACAAGGAAUUCUGAAAUUUUGCACCUUCUCCACUCUUAUUUUCAUCAAGAUGUACCUUUCCUUUCCCAAACCAUCCAUGCAGGCAUCUAGAGCGAUUCUAGCUCAAUCAAUACUCCAUAGUAGCUAACAAUAGCAUAAUAGGUAGCCAAUAUUCAUACCGAAGCCUUUUC